CAACUAUUGAGAUUCACUCCCGCGGUCUAGUCUGCCUCCUAGUCUCCUCGCUUUCACGCCUGCGCUCAGAGUUACAAGAUGGCGGAGAGUGCGGAACUGAAGCAAAUGGUGAUGAGCCUUCGUGUUUCAGAGCUACAAGUGUUACUAGGCUACGCAGGACGCAACAAACACGGCCGCAAACACGAACUGUUGACCAAAGCCCUGCACCUCCUUAAGGCCGGCUGCAGCCCCGCUGUCCAGAUGAAGGUGAAGGAGCUGUACAGACGCCGCUUCCCCACCAAGAUGGUGUCUCCGGUGGACCUGGCCCUGCCCAGUGUCCACUCCACCCUGUCUGGAGGCCUCACCUCGCUGGGGUUUGACAGCCACGGGUCCCCCUCGCCCCUCUCCCUGCUUGGGCCCAAACACGAGCUGGGCCUGCCCCACCUGCCCUCCUCCCUUCACCCCGUACACCCUGACGUCAAGCUGCAGAGACUGCCCUUUUAUGACAUGCUGGAUGAGCUCAUCAAACCCACCAGCCUGGCCUCAGACAACAGUCAGCGGUUCCAGGAGACGUGUUAUGCCUUUGCACUGACACCUCAGCAGGUCCAGCAGAUCAGCAGCUCCAUGGACAUCUCUGGGACCAAGUGUGACUUUGCGGUCCAGGUUCAGUUAAGGUUUUGUUUAUCAGAGACGAGUUGUACCCAGGAAGACCAUUUCCCGCCCAACCUGUGUGUGAAAGUCAACAGCAAACCCUGCAACCUCCCGGGCUACCUUCCUCCAACCAAAAACGGAGUGGAACCCAAACGGCCGAGUCGCCCCAUCAACAUCACGUCACUGGUCAGACUGUCCACCACAGUACCCAACACUAUCGUGGUGUCGUGGACCUCAGAGAUAGGCAGGAGUUUCUCCAUGGCAGUCUACCUGGUCAGACAGCAGACAUCCACAACCCUGCUACAGAGACUACGUUCUCUCUCUACAGUCAAAGGCAUCCUCUCUCCUACCACUCAGAGAGCUCUCAUCAAAGAGAAGUUAACAGCUGACCCUGACAGUGAGAUUGCGACCACCAGUCUACGAGUCUCUCUACUCUGUCCGCUGGGGAAGAUGCGUCUGAUGAUCCCGUGCAGAGCCUUGACGUGUUCCCACCUCCAGUGUUUCGACGCUACUCUUUACAUCCAGAUGAAUGAGAAGAAAGCCACGUGGGUGUGUCCUGUCUGUGAUCAGAAGGCCCCCUACCAACACCUCAUCAUCGACGGGUUGUUCAUGGAGAUCCUGAACAGCUGUGAGGACUGUGAUGAGAUCCAGUUUAAAGAGGACGGGAACUGGUAUCCCAUGAGGUCGAAGAAGGAGGUCACGGAGGUGUCUGCUUCAUUCAACGGGGAGGACGACUCGUGUCGGACAGUAGAAUCAGAGCACCACAGGAACAGCUCAUCCCACAGCAGUACCAAUAAGGUGGUGGUGAUUGAUCUGACUCUAGACAGCUCUUCAGACGACGAUCUGGAUGAUGAGCCUCCUCUCAAGAGGGCCUGUCCCUCCUCCUCGCUGUCCCCUGCCUCGCCGCCUGUCAGCAAGGGAGUGUUGAACCUCCACAGCCAGGCGUCUCCGGUGGCCAGAGCUCCCAGCAUGCCUCCUGUUGAGACCAGCUAUAUCCCCCCUCCACCCCCCCUCAUACAGGACUACAGCCACUACUACCACACCCCCAAUGACCUGGACCUCAACUUCUUCUCAUUCCUCCAGGGAGACAACCAUCAGCAUUACAACAUGGUGAUGACAGCGGCGGCCUCUGCCUCAGAAGACCAUGACCUUCUCCUCAACCGCUUCCUGCCGUAUAGCUCCUCCCAGAUGUUCCUGGACCAACCAGGGACCCCCGGGGGCGGGAGCAGCGCCCUGCCAGCAGCCAAUGGGGGCAGCAACAGCGGGAGCAGCUCCAGUCUUGUGUCAUCUAAUAGUUUAAGAGAGAGGGAUGUAGAGAGGGAUGGAGAGCGGGAUGGAGACCGGGACAGCCAGUCGAGCAGGUCUGAUGCAGCGGCAGCAGUCAUAUAUGGCUCCAUACCAGACGUGAUCUCGUUAGACUGAAGGGAGGCGAGGGAUCGUCCACACAGAACGGAAAAACAACUUGAGGGAGGGAAUAGAAACGGACAAAUAAAUAAUAAAUAAAAAGUAGGAGAAAACAAUGCUGUGUACAGAGAGGAACAUUCUAUUUUCAAUUUAACUUAUUAUAUAUGAGCUCCCGACGAUGACGAUGAUGACGAUGACGACGAUGACGAUGAUGACGACGAUGACGAUGAUGAUGAUGAGUAACUUCAGUUGAUAUUUUUCUGUGGAUACUGAAGAUUUUUUCACGGCCUCUUCCUUCACGUGCCCCCCCUGACACCCCCCCCCCUGACCUUUUGUACUUCGUUCUUACUGUUUUAUUUCAAUAUUCCACGUCGACGGCAUUAUUUUUGUCUCAAAACAUGUUUGGACUUGUGCUUCGGAGCGAGAAGAGGAAUCUGUCCGUUUGUUUGUUUCCUGUAGAGUUAUUUCAUUCCUUCCUAACGUUCAUUCUUACUGUGGUCAAUUAUAUUGUAUUUAAUUAUUUUCAAGGUAUUAUUUAUUAAUAUGCUUUCAAGUUGUGUUGGAUCCUUGUGUGCUGUGUAAAAAGCAUUCCCUAUGCUCCAUGUUGUUGAUGUCACUAGGAUCACACAGGCUAGCCUGGCUGCUGUCUGUCUGUCGUCGUGGAAUGGUAGCACUGACAGACUGGUACCCAGGCUGGUUAUAGAUCCACUACUGUGGUUUCUCUGGUUUGUGUGCUCCCUCUCAUCUCUUUCAUUUAGCCGAGGAAACUUUACUGCAGCAUCCACCCUUAGUAGUUUUCACAUUGAAGAAAUAUGAUUAAAAUAGUAUUGAAAUUGGCAUCAUAGUUACACACAGCAAAUUUUCAUUAUUGGGGGGGGGGGUGAUUUCAGUCCAGUGUAUUACUACGGUACCUUGUUCAGUGUGAGCACUUCUGUUUUCAUGCAGGGUGUAUCUUUGACUCACUUUUUCACCAAGUCAUUCAAGGAAAACAAAACCCCAAGUAUAUUGAAGUUGCAUUUGGAACAGAGAACAAAUUGCAUGGCUUUUCGUGCCUGCUAUCUCUGUCAGUCUCUCCUCUCUCUCCUGUCACUCACCAGAGUCCAGUAGCUCUAUAAUGUGUGGUUUGAUUUAGAGUGGUAAGUGUGACUGGUGCUAGAGUUCCUGUUGAAUGCCUGACAGAGACGGUCCGUGACAGCGGCACCACAUCUACACUAGAGGGCCGACCCGAACGGUACUGUGAUGGCUUGGGGAUUUUCUUUGGCUCUUUCCAGAACUUUUUGUGGAUGUGGAACCAGGCCAGCCCAGUACAGCUUGGCUCAGUUAGGCCCUAUAGUGUGGAAUGGGCCAUAGUGGUUUUGAUACCAUUAUUCUGUCCUUCGUUCUAUUAGCCUUCUGUUCCCAGUUAGUAUUAUUUAUUAUUUCCUCUCUUAGUUUUGGUUGAUUCAUGAAUAUGCAUUACUAUUGUCCUAUGAUAUUUCUUUAGUAAUUAUAUUUAUUCAUGAAUGUGCAUUACUAUUGUCUUAUGAUAUUUCUUUGGUAAUUCUAUGAUUCAUGAAUGUGCAUUACUAUUGUCCUAUGAUAUUUCUUUGGUAAUUCUAUGAUUCAUGAAUAUGCAUUACUAUUGUCCUAUGAUAUUUCUUUGGUAAUUCUAUGAUUCAUGAAUAUGCAUUACUAUUGUCCUAUGAUAUUUCUUUAGUAAUUCUAUGAUUCAUGCUAUUUAAGAGGUCAUUGUCGCUUGAUCUGCAUCGUUGUAACAAACCAUGAGUUUUUUUCCCUUCAGUCUGUUGUGUUAUUGAAUGAUGUCAAUAUCACAACAGAGGCUUGGAGCAUUUUGAUGGUCUCUGGGCUCUACUGUGUUGUUUGAUAAUUGUAUGAAUUAAACCGAUAGAUACAGCAAGACGACAGACAAGUAAUGGUCUGCUCUGGCCUCUGCGAGAAGUAGAGCUAGUCAAUAAAUCACUGUGUACGAGGGGUUGAAUCAAGGUGCUUUUGCAGAAGUAAUUUAUGUUCCUGUUCUUGAAUGUUCUUUGGACGUGAAGCAUGUUUUUUUGUGCAACUGUCUUUUCUUGAAUGCAGCCUGUUCAUAUGAUGGUGUCGCGAUGACUAUACGGUUUGCUGACCUUUACUGUUUUGAAUGAAAUACGAGUUUGGCGAUGCCUGGAUUAUAUUUUUCAGAUAUUUUAAUAGUUUAAGUGAAUGGCAUCAAAACAGGACCCUAAACCUAAAUGUCAAGAUGGUAAGGAACCCCUAAAUGUGAUAUUUAGAGAGUUAAAUCGCUCUGGGUCUGUUAAGGCAGUGCACGGUAGGUGGGCGUUGCUGGUUUAUUGUAGUAAACAACUACAAAUAUAUAACUAACCAUCCUUGUUCUGUGACAACCAUCCAUAGCUGAGAUUAGCAUAAAAUACACAGCUAUCUAGCACGGCUAAACGCAAUAAAUGUCUUGUUAACUAACUAGUUAAAUCAAAUCUUUGGCUAAAAGAUCCCAGAUUGCCCCCAAAAGAUGGCUAGUAACAUAGGCGAGAGCGCUAUUUUCUAUCGCCAGCUGGUGGCCAGGUCCCCGGUGUCCCGAUACGGAGCGUGAAGUCACGGCUCCUGCACACCAACCUCGCCCGGUUGCAUAAAAGACCUAUGUUGAAUCUACCCCUUAUAUUUUCCCUGAAAGUUUCCUUCACUUUAAGUUAGUUGCACAAAGCUUUUUAAGGUGAAUUUACCCCUUAAAUUAAGUGGGGAAAAGUUUCCGGUUGGUCAACUGCUUCAUUCAAUAUGGAUGUAAACAGCGUUUUGUGGAGGUGAAUGUUGCUUUCCUCUGGCCUGGUUCAGAAGGGAAACAUCCACCAGCCAGACAGGUACUUAACUAAACAAUGGAAGGAUCUAGAAUGGGACAUUCUUACGGUGUGGUGCAUUUUGGACCUCAUCGCUUUUGGGG